AUGUUUGGAAUCAACGCUGCAUCCGAGAUAUUCCAGAACGCCAUCGCUGAACUGCUUGCUGGACUACCUGGAUGCAAGAAUAUCUCUGAUGAUAUUAUUGCGUACGAAAAAGACCAACUCGAACAUGAUCUUAACCUCCAAGCUGUCCUUCAACGCCUCUCAGAUUACAACGGCUACGCCAGUCCGCUUUAUCUGACGUCGAAAGUCGUUACUCGCAGACGGAACGCGAAAUGUUAGCCGUCUUUUGGGGAGUUGAACACUUUCAUCUUUACGUCUACGGUUCACAUUUUCAGAUCAUCACGGAUCAUAAGCCUCUUCUAGGCAUCUUGAAGACCCAGAAACCUGCAACACCGCGCAUGGAUCGAUGAAAAUUCCGCCUCGUGCCUAUCGCGCUGGGAAAGACAACCCCGCUGACUUCAUGAGCCGCCAUCCCAAACCAGUAAAUUUCACAAACGAAUCUGAGAACUUAGCUGAACUUUACGCAAAUGAUGUUUGCUCGAAUGCCAUUCCCAAAGCCAUGACUCGUGAAGAAGUCAAAACUUGA